AUGUCACCUAGCAUCUUGAUUGUUGGCGCAACUGGGAAUACUGGUCGAAGCGUCACUGAAACACUCUCCGGUUUCUUAGAAGCGUCCAAGACUUUGUCCAAUCAUCGUGUUCUCGCUCUAACUCGGUCUAAAGAAAGCGAGCCGGCGCAACACAUCGCCAAGCUACCUGGGGUGGAAGUUAUAGAGCAAAACUGGGUGGAAAUAACUGCGGAUUGGCUUCGAAAACAUGAGGUGGAAAGGGCGUUCAUCGCUUCUCACAACCAGCCGAAUCAAUUCGCAGAAGAAUCGAACUUUCACUUAGCCGCACUUCUGGCUGGUGUAAAAUACGUGGUUCGAAUCUCUACGACCGCGGCCAAUGUGCGCCCAGAUUCUAAAGCUUAUUAUCCGCGUUCGCACUGGGCGGUCGAGUCCAUGCUGAGUACGCCAGAAUUUGAGAAGUUACAAUGGACGUCUUUGCAGCCAAACGUCUUUUCCACCUUGGUUCUCUCUCCGGCCGCUGAAUUUAUUAAACAAUACCGCAAGGACGGGAAGCAGCAGACCCUUAAGUUGAUGAAUUCCCCGGAUGCGCCGGUGGGUAUCAUCGAUCCCUACGAUGUCGGCUACUUGGCAGCACGACUCCUGUCCCAAGACGAUCCGAGUACCCACAAUCGAGCCAAGUAUGUUCUCAAUGGACCGGAGGAUAUCACCGGAGAGGGAAUUGUUGAGUUGAUCGAAGGCUAUAUUGGGACGAAGGUUGAACAUGUCGUUUUUAAGGACACUUCUUUCAUUGAGCAAAUGGCAGAAGAGGCUACAGACUCAAAGCACCUCAUUCUCUCGAUCAAAGAGGCACCAGUGACAGCCUGGGAAGGCAAAUGCACGAGUUCUACCACUAGCAAGGAGAUAUUUGAUAUAGCAGCACCUAAAAGCACACCUUCCGAAGUGCUCAAGAUGCUUUUGGGUGAAUGA